AUGCCGCCCAAGAAGUCGUCCGGCACAGCCAAGCGGCCGCAGGGGCGCCCCUCAGCCGGUGCCUCCACCGCCAUCAAGGGCCUCUCCGGGACUCGGCACUCCCAUACCCGCAAGGCCAUCCGGGAGGAUACCGAGACCUUUGACAACUAUGUGGCCGAUGUGACGGCCCCGAUGUCCAAGCUGCAGAUCGGCGCCGAGCCGGUCACCGACGAUUUGGUCGAUGGUCUCCCGCGCGACCUGCAUGACCGAAUCUUCUCCGGGCUUGAGGUUACCUACGCCGAUGAGCAUGGCGCUGGUGCCGAGGCUCGCGUCGACCUGGCGAUGUGGAACUUCGAGCAGUGUGAUCCGCGCCGGUGUAGUGGAGCCAAGCUCGCCCGCGAUGGUGUUAUCCGGGAGAUCCGCGUCAACAAGCGUUUCCCUGGUGUGGUGCUCACCCCUAACGCCACGCGUGCGGUCUCGCCAGCUGACCGGGACAUCGUCCUCGCCCAUGGCGCCUGCGUGGUGGACUGCUCUUGGGCUCGUCUGCAAGAGGUCCCCCUGGUCAGCCUGAAGACCCCGCACCCCCGACUUCUGCCGUUCCUCGUGGCCGCCAACCCGGUGAACUAUGGCCGUCCGCUCCGCCUGAACUGCGCUGAGGCUCUGGCCGCCACUCUCUAUAUCGUCGGCCUGGAUCACCAUGCUGAGCGUGUGUUGUCUCGCUUCAAGUGGGGCAUGCAAUUCUACCACCUCAAUCAGUGCGUCCUCUCUGCCGGGCCUGGAGAUCCUCCGCCGCUAUGCUGCUUGUAA